UCCUUGAUUGGUCAAUCGAUUUGGUUCAUUCUAUCUCCAAAAUGAAAUUCUUCUUGCUCGCCGUAUUGGUUGCUGUUGCAUCAGCUCAAGAUGAUGGAAGCUACCGACCAGAACAUCAUGAUGGUGCAUACGUUCACCAAGCUGUUCCAUACCAUCACGGCAGCGGCAAAUACGUUCACAGCGCCCCACAACAAUUCAUCCAACAUGCCGUUCCUCAAUUCGCCGCUGCUCGUACCUACAGCAACGAAGGACACUGGCAAAUCUUGCGCCAAGCAAAUGAACAAUCACCAGCCGGUGACUACGUCUUCGAAUACGAAACCGAAAACGGAAUCAAGGCCCGCGAACAAAACCAAGCUGUUCCUCCACAAUCUCAAAAGACCCAAGGAUUCUACGAAUACAAGUCACCAGAAGGCCAAUUCAUCCGUGUUGACUACACCGCUGACGAAAAUGGUUUCCAAGCCGCCGGUGCCCAUUUGCCAGUCGCUCCAGCUUUGCCAGCUGCCAUCGCUCGUUCAGUUGAAUACCAAUUGAGACUCGCCCACCCUAUUAAGGCUAUUAUUUUCGUCGCUCUUGCCGCCGCCAGCAACGCCGCUUUGUUGCCACAACAACGCGCAUUCUUGCCAGCCGCUCCAGCUUUCCAACAACAAGUCUUGAUUGCACCAAAACAACAACAAUUCGUUCAACAACCAACCUACCAACGUGCCUACACCCCAGCUGGUUCAGAAGCCUCCGCUCAAACCUUGCGUAGCGAUGCUGUUGUCAACCCAGACUCAUUCCAAUAUGCCUACGAAACAUCAAACGGUAUCUCUGGACAAGAGCAAGGUCAAUUGAAACAAAUCGGAAGCGAAGCUGGUAUCGCCACACAAGGAAACUUCCAAUACACCUCCCCAGAAGGUAUCCCAGUCCAAAUCAGCUAUGUUGCCGAUGAAAACGGUUUCCAACCACAAGGUGCAGCUCUCCCAACCUCACCACCAGUGCCAGCUGCCAUCGCUCGUGCUGUUGAAUACUUGCAACGUGCUGCUCCUCAACAACAACAAGUCUACCAAGGUUUCCCAGCCCGUUUCUAAGCAGUUUCAUGGCAUUGCCGAGUUAAAUAAGCAAUAUUUUAUUCUAUAGCCAAGCAUAAAACAGUCACUUUUUUAUCUGCAAUAGCCGUUUUUUUUUUACUAAAUGUGUAAUAUGACUUGUGUUGCACAAACACACAGAGGAUGCAUAACUGAAAUCGUCACCAGAAAUGUACGACACAUCUAGUGGUUUCGACUUUAUUUAAUAAAUCGCAUUUUUCAUACAAA